AUGUCUCACCACAAGACACCAUCCAACAGCGCUAUUGCUGCCGGUGAACCAAGUACAACUUCAAGCGGAGAAGGAGGAGGGCAUAACAUCUUUCACCAUACAGCGCACAAUAGCAACAGCGUUCUCGAUAACAGCAGUAGCAGCAGCGGUGGCAGCAAGAAGGAUGGAGAACUAACCGACCACCAAAUCCGGGAGCAGCAACGUCUUGCACUGCUUCUGAACCAGGAUCACCAAGACCACCAAGACGACUCUCAAGAGCCCCUUGCACAGAUCGACACUACCACGACCGGCACCGCGAGCACAACCAACAGCGGUAGCAACAACAACAAUAGUAACCAUGACCACAGAUCUUCCAAAUCCCACCGCGCGAAACGCCAAACCCUCCUCACAAAGGCCCUCCUCUCGUACCUGAAUUUCUUCCGGGUCACCCAACCGCUCGUCUCCCUCGCCGCUUUUGGAACCAUCACCCCUGUUCUGAGCUACUUCCGCACCCAAACCAUCUUCCCAACAAUCCAAGCAACACUCUACGUCUUCACCGCGACUCUCGCCUGCUGUUCCCUCUUCUUCAGCAUCAUCUACCUCGUCGACGUGUUGUACCACAAACCCCUCUUCUGGCCAUUCACCAACAAAUACUUCCGCCCGACGAGUAAAGCCCGUAUAGGCGGGGACCUGAUCAUCUGUAUGGUCUUCAGUGGACUCUGGUUCCUGUCGGGUGUGGGGCUGGUGAUUGACACGGUCUGGGUAGAUUGUGGAAGGUUAACUGGAUUGGAGAGUGUAUUUGCGGAUAACCAUCGGUCGGUGGAAAAGAUUCGACGGGUCUGUCGGCUCGAGAAGGCGACGCUGGGUCUUGCGGUCGUCAGCUGGGCCUGUUGGAUGGGUGUCCUCCUCGUUUUGCUAUACGGGUAA